AUGAGAGCGGCCCCCGCCACCGCCUCCGGCGCGGCGGCCUUCCCCACCUCCGCCGACGUCGCCCUCGCCGGCGCGCUGCUCUGCCUCGCCGACUCCCCGCCCGCGCCGCUCCUCCCCACCGUCAGCGACGAGCUCCCCUCCUACUCCGGCUCCUCCUCCUCCUACUCCGUCACCUCGGCGAGGUCGUGCGUGUCCGACGCGGCGCGCCGCAGCCGCCCCAUCGACCCCCUACGCGUGCUCGCCGUCAUCGCCUCCCUCCGCCGCAUCGACCCCAAGGUACUGGCGCAGGCGACCAGCAAGCUGUUCCAGGGCGAGCCGGCGAAGAGGCGGAAGGGAGUGUGGAUCGAGGUCAUCAACGGCGAGGAGGAGGACGGGGAGGAGAGCGAGAGGGCCAGCGUGGUGGCCAGCGAGGGGAGCACCAUCACGGGAGCCGCGUCCUCCCGCUCCACGGCCACGUCGGGGAGAUGCCGCCGACCUCCGCUGGCGAGCGGUGGUUGUGAGAGUCUGGUGCGGAGAGCGGACUCGAUCAUGAAGUGGCUCUCGCGGCCGAAGGCGGCACCGGCCACGGAGACGGCCAUCCGCGCCGCCGUCGGCGACAACGCUGUAACCAGCAAGGCUCUGCGCUGGUUGCUGAAGCAGAAGAGAGGGUUGCGUCGUGCAGGCACUGGUGGCCGCCCGGAUCCGUAUGUGUACAUGAUUGCAGGCUGAAGUGGUGAAGUUAAGUAAGCUGUGUUAUAGCAAGGAGUUGGCACCUAUAUACUCCCUCCGUUCCAAAAUAGAUGACUCAACUUUAUACUAAAGUUAGUACAAAGUUGGGUCAUCUAUUUUGGAACGGAGGGAGUAUAUAUCUACUGGAAAGGUCAAGUUAGCUUUUGAAGAGUAUUUAGUAAUUUCUAGCACCUGCUGUUUAAUCGAUCCAGUUUUGCCUAGCCUCCCCGCAGAUAACAAAUGUAGGAUAGGGAUAGAUAUUUACGUGUUCGCAAUAGCUUGCAAAGCACUGGUGAAAAGCUCUUGGAUAGAAAGGUAAAUGGAUAGUCAUAUAGAUGGCAGUUUCAUGAUUAUGAAGUCAUUAUUCAUGUAUGCUGAGAAUCAGUAUAAUCCUCGCAAGAAGCAUGAGAAAUAAUUGGUACUGUUGGAAUCAGUAUAAUAAAAAUAUAAUGAGUUCAGUUUCGGGGUACUGGUUUGCAGAGAAUUUAUCAUCUGGCUUUCCUCUGUGAGGCCAUGUGGUAUGCUGUUGAAAUUGUCUCAUUUGAUAUUAUGAUAUUCAAUUAUUUCAUGUGCUUC